AUGCCGGUCGUGACACGGUCGCGGGUCUCCUCGGCCCGCGGCGACGGCGCGGGCGCGCUGCCGUGGGGCUCGGCGUCGGCGGCGCCGGCUCCGAGGCACGACGCGAGCAAGAGCCGCCACCACCACCACGGGCUCAAGGAGAAGCUCCGCGCGCUCACCCAGGACUACGAGCAGCAGAAGCAGAAGCAGCUGCUUGCCGCGUCGCAGGGCGGAGGGGCCGCCGCGCGGCAGCUCCGCCGCAGCAUCCGGUGCCUGAACGCGACCGAGGUGGCCAACGACGAGAACGCCGAGGAGGAGGACGGCAGGGCGGCCAAGCGCCGCUACGACGCCUUCGCUCUGGUCCCCGAGGCCGCGGUGCUGAGGGAGAACGUGGCUCCUCCGCAGGAGCGAGCGCCGUCCAACGACAGCCACGUUGUCGUGCUCGCGCCGCAGGCGAAGGAGAACGUGGUGGGCCGCGGCGCCAACGCCAUGUCCUGCCCCAUCAAGAAGGCGGUGCCGGCGCUCCCAGUGCUUCCGGCGCCACCGGCGAGGAAACUCUCUCUGGGAGGUGCUGUGGGCGGCAAGGUGAAGGCCGCCGGGGAGGUCGGGGCCGGCACUGCCGAGGCGGCGGAGAGCCGGAUCCUCGUGUUCGUGAGGCUGCGCCCGAUGUCGAGGAAGGAGAAGGAGGCCGGGUCGAGGAGUUGCGUCAAGAUCGUCAACAGGAAGGAGGUGUCCCUCACGGAGUUCGCCUCAGAGAACGACUACCUCCGGCUGAAGCGUGUGCGCGAUUCCCAAUUCUGCUUCGACUCGGUUUUCCCUGAUUCGACGACGCAGGCAGAAGUCUACAGCACCUCAACAGCAGACCUUGUGGAGGGUGUUCUGCAAGGUAGGAAUGGGACAGUGUUCUGCUAUGGAGCUACAGGGGCUGGUAAGACCUACACCAUGCUUGGGACAAUGGAAAACCCCGGCGUAAUGGUGCUUGCAAUACAUGAUCUUUUCUCCAAGGUGACGCAGAGGAAUCACUCAAUUAAGCUGUCAUACCUCGAGAUAUACAAUGAGACGGUGAGGGAUUUGCUGUCUCCUGGUAGCCCCCUUAACCUGAGAGAAGAUAAGCAGGGAACUGUUGCUGCUGGUCUUACCCAAAGAAGUGUAUACUCCACAGACGAGGUUAUGGAAUUACUUCAGAACGGCAACAAGAAUCGAACAACUGAACCGACUCGAGUAAACGAGACCUCAUCACGUUCUCAUGCCGUACUGCAGGUUGCCGUAGAAUAUAGAUCCUUGGAUGGAGUUAACCUAAAAGUCGGAAAACUGUCUCUCAUUGAUCUUGCUGGAUCUGAAAGAGCUCUGGCAACAGAUCAACGCACACAGAGGUCGAUUGAAGGAGCAAACAUUAACCGGUCUCUUCUUGCACUGAGCAGUUGCAUUAAUGCCCUUGUGGAGGGUAAGAAACACAUACCAUAUCGCAAUUCCAAGCUAACCCAACUCUUGAAGGACUCACUUGGAGGAUCCUGCAACACCGUCAUGAUUGCCAACAUUAGCCCCUCUCAUCUUUCCUUCGGUGAGACACAAAACACGCUUCAUUGGGCUGAUCGUGCCAAGGAGAUAAAAACAAAGACCCAAACCACUGUGAAUGAGGAGGUUCUGGAUCAACCAGAUUCUAAAACUAUGCUUGUACUGGAGCUUCAGAAGCAAAACAGUGUGCUGAGGGAGCAGUUGGCGAAGCAACAACAGAAAGUACUGAUUGCCGAGGCUCAGUUACUUGCUUCAAAAACCUUGCCACAACAAUCUCCUGCUCCCUCGUCUCACGUUGCAACUCCAGGCUCAACUUCAAGAAAUACCAGACGAUCUAUCUUGGCUGGGAACCACUUCAACACACUAGACUCCAAGAGGCCUACAGCCGACAACACACAGGUCAGGGAGCUGCAGAGAAAAGUGAAGACAUUGGAGUCUGAGAUCGAGAAGAUGAAAAAGGAGCACAUAUUACAGCUAAAGAAUAAGGACGAGUUCAUCCGUGACUUGAUCAACAGGAAGGCUCCUAACAACUGUGAAGAAGCAACAUGUGAUAGAAGAGUUGCCACGAGGGCGAGCCAGCGAAAGGCACAGAGAGACGCAUCAGUUGCAAGCGAGCUGAAAAGCCCCAGCCACCGGUUUACAUCACCAGCACCAACUGCAAAGAAGCGUACUUUCUCGGACAUCGGAGGCAACAGCCCUUCAGUUCUUGCUGCCAAUGGAAGAAAGACUCGAAGCCAUGUAGCAACAGAGACACCGAAGAAAGGUUCUUCCAAGCUGCUUCAGUGCCCAUUCUUGUCAUUUCUGAAGGUUGUCCAAGUGGAGAUCAUAAACAUUUUCAGUAUCAACCUGUACACUCAAGUGACCAAGAUAAUAAAAUGA